AUGAAAAAACUCAAAUUACAAGAAAUUGAAAAAAAAUAACAAAAUACUCCAUUAUUAGAAUAAACUUUUUGUACAACUGCUCCUGCAAAUUAAUUUAGUAAUUUUUUAUUUUAUUUCUAAGAGUUUCUGAAAAGAAAAAUAACAUAAUGUUAAUCAAAAUUAGAUCUACCUUCAUCUUUGUCUAAAUAUCAUUUCUUAAACAUUAAAGAAAUGUUUUCCAAUGAAGAAUCAAACAAUAACAACUAAAAAUGUAAUGAAUUAAUUGAAAACAUUUCUAAGUAUAUUUAAUUAAAAUAAAUUUAUAGAUAUGUUACUUAAAUUUAGUUCAAAUAACAAAAAUAAAUAUAAAAAUUAAAUUAAAAAGUUCAUAAUUUAUUAAUUUCGUAAAAUAAAAAAAGUAUUAUUAGAAGUGAUCUAGAAUCCUUCUUUUUAGAAUGUGUUGAAAGUGUUAGAAGAGAUAUUUUAAAAAAGAAAAGACCUUUUGGGAAUAAUUAAUUAUAACAAUCUUAAAUAGAAAAUAUUACAGAUUUUUCUUAAUUUUAUAAGGAAGAUAAAUUGAAAAUAUUAGAACUUGUAGUAAGUAAUGAAAAAAUCUUAAUCUUCUUAUAUUAAAAAUUAUUUCCAAAUCAUAUAAAUUUAGUUAUAAAAUCAAUUCGAGAAGAUAUGAAUUUAAAUACAUUUUUAGAUUAAAGUGUAAAAUGUGAUUUAUAAAGUAAUUUUGAUUAAAAUGGUGAUUAUAAGAUAGAUUUUCCAAAAACAACAAGAGAAGUACGUUCAGUAUCCUUAAAUAAGCAAUUAGAAGUAAAAAAAGGAAAGAUUUUAUCUAAAUAAUAUUGA